CAGUGACGUUGCUGGGAGUUCCGGGGCGAGCGGGUGUUUCAGGGGUGUCGGCUAACCUCAGGCGCCCGAGAAGCGUCUGGCCUGACCUUGGGCCGGACUUGGACUGCUACUGACGCGGUAGGAGGGGCGGUCGAGGAAAGGUGCCGCAGCCGAGACGCGUGGGGCAGGCCCGAGGAUCGUAAGCGGAAUUGGCUUCAGUUUGUCGGAUGGAGGGAGAAAGCGUAGUCUGAUUUUCAAAGAAUGGAAGAAAAUAUGAAGCUUGCUACAGUGGAAGACACUGUGGAGUAUCACCUAUUCCUGAUACCAGAUGAACCAAGAGACCCAGAAAAACACAAAGAGAUUCUUCAAAAGUAUAUUGAGAGGAUAAUGACCCACUUUGCACCUAUGCUGGUCCCCUAUAUCUGGCAGAAUCAGCCUUUCAAUCUCAAAUACAAACCUGGAAAAGGAGAUGUUCCUGCUCAUAUGUUUGGCAUGACAAAGUUUGGGGAUAACAUUGAGGAUGAAUGGUUUAUUGUUUAUGUAGUAAAGCAAAUUACAAAGGAAUUUCCAGAGUUAGUAGCAAGGAUUGAAGACAAUGAUGGUGAAUUCUUGUUAAUAGAAGCUGCUGACUUUCUCCCUAAAUGGUUGGAUCCUGAUAAUAGUGCCAAUAGAGUAUUUUUCCACCAGGGAGAGCUGUGCAUUAUUCCUGCACCAAGGAAACCUGGAGCAGUAUCCUGGUUACCCUCCACACCCCCUACAAUCCCACAAGCUUUGAAUAUAAUCUCAACACACCCAGAAAAAAUUUUGGCUUCAGAUUCUAUACAAGCUGCUGUGAAUAGGCGCAUUAGAGGAUACCCAGAAAAAAUUCAAGCCUCCCUUCAUCGAGCACACUGCUUCCUUCCAGCUGGUAUUGUAGCGGUGUUAAAGCAGCGCCCCAGAUUGGUGGCUGCAGGAGUCCAAGCAUUUUACCUACGGGACCCUAUUGACCUGCGAGCCUGUCGUAUUUUCAAGACUUUCUUGCCUGAAACACGAAUAAUGGCAUCGGUCACUUUCACUAAAUGUCUGUAUGCACAGUUGGUGCAACAAAGGUUUGUGCCAGACCGGCGGAGUGGAUACAGGAUGCCUCCUCCAUCUCAUCCCCAAUACCGAGCCCAUGAAUUGGGCAUGAAGUUGGCUCAUGGAUUUGAAAUCUUAUGCUCCAAAUGUAGCCCACAUUUUUCUGACUCCAAGAAAUCCGUCAUGACUACCUCACCACUCUGGGCUGGCUUCCUUGAAAGUCUGAAAAAGAAUGAUUACUUUAAGGGUCUGAUAGAAGGUUCUGCUCAGUACCAGGCAAGGCUAGAAAUGGCAAAGAACUACUUCCAACUCUCAGUAAACCGGCCAGAAAGCUCUCUUGCUCUGAGCCCAGGUGAAGAAAUCUUAACCUUAUUACAGACCACACCAUUUGAUAUAGAAGAGCUUAAGAAGGAAGAAGCUAAUCUUCCCCCAGAAGAUGAUGACCAGUGGUUAGAUCUCUCACCAGAUCAGCUGGACCAGCUACUGCAGGAAGCUGCUGGCAAAAAAGAAGCAGAGCCCAUUUCCAAGAAGGAGGAACAGAACUAUGACUUGACUCAAGUCUCAGAGAGCAUGAAAGCUUUCAUAUCUAAAGUCUCAACCCACAAAGGAGCAGAGCUGCCUCGAGAACCUUCUGAGGCUCCAAUCACUUUUGAUGCAGAUUCUUUUCUUAAUUAUUUUGACAAGAUUUUAGGGCCAAGACCUCAUGAAUCAGAUUCUGAUGAUCUGGAUGAUGAAGACUUUGAAUGUUUAGACAGUGAUGAUGACUUGGAUCUUAAAACACAGGGGACUGGGGAAGAAGCAUCUUUAAAAGGAACUCUUAAUGAUCUCAAGUCAUACAUGGCCCAGAUGGACCAGGAAUUGGCAAAUACCAGCAUUGGCAAAAGUUUCACCACCCAGAAGCAAAUGGAACCUCUCUCCCAGACUACCAGUAAUAAUUCAGAUGAGGAAGAUUCUGGUGCAGGAGGAUCUGUUAUGACACCAGUGGACGUAGACCUGAACCUGGUUUCCAACAUACUGGAAUCCUAUAGUUCCCAAGCUGGCCUGGCAGGACCUGCGUCCAACCUUUUACAAAGCAUGGGAGUACAGCUGCCUGAUAACACCGAUCACAGACCCACAAGGCUGUGGCCACCUCAUCAUGACUGAACCAGCCAGCUGCUUCUAGUUCUCUCAAGUUCACCUGGAUCUAAAAGACAUAAAGAAAAACAGGAUGUAAGGUUAGGAGCUAUAAAAUUUAGAAUACUCUAGCCAAACGUGAUAAGAUGUUUCCGGAACUGAGCAAUA